UCAAAGCAUUUGUAGCGUCAAGUGGACUGCAGCCUCAUUCUAACUAUUGCACUAGUGCAGCAGUAUAGGAAUAAAAAACAAACCUAUAGAAACUGAAGGAGAGAGGAGAAAAAGACAGAAUGACACUUCACUUGUUCAGUGAAUUGAGGUUAAGUUCUCAUUGACAUGUGCGACUCGUGUGAGCCUACGUUUGACUCGGUUUGACAGCACUAAGGAAAUGUGAUAACCGAAAAAUCAAUAAGGAAGUCCGCAGAUUUAAACGAUAAAUAGACAUACAGUAUUGCUGUUUAUUAUACAUUCAAAUGAAUUGAAAAUGAAUGACGAGGAGGCAAGAUUCCCGAAUGAGGAAGAGAACGAGUUUUACUUCGAAUCCGAUCACCUAGCACUGAGGGGUAACAAGGAUUAUAACGCUUUCUUGAAAACGAUAGUUAUUCUCGAGGCUCAGAGAGUUCAAGCCAUAGAAGAUCUGGAUAAGCUUAUGUCCGUGCGUGCCGAGGCAAUGAAGGAUCCGAUAUCGUUUGUGGCACGAUUACAAAACGAUGAUCUUCCGCAGCUACCUGGUCCACAGAAAAUUGCGGAGGUUCCCUAUGUCGACUGGUCGCAAUACAAUGUUACAUUGCCAGAUAUACGCAUGAGGCCGAAAACUCGUCACAAACAUGUGCCUCAAGUGCAAAUAAAAACUGAACAGGAAAAUGAGAAGGUUUUAGUCAGAGGUCGUGCCUUUGAUGAAAGUAAGCCUGAGACGUUCAAUCAACUGUGGACAGUGGAAGAGCAAAGGCGACUGGAGGAGCUAUUAGUCGAGUAUCCACCAGAAGAAGUAGAAAUGAGGCGUUGGACCAAGAUAGCAAAUGCAUUAGGUAAUCGAACCCCUAAGCAAGUAUCCAGCAGAGUUCAAAAGUACUUUAUUAAGCUUCUGAAGGCAGGUUUGCCUAUACCAGGCAGAGGACCAAAGCUGUCAUCAAAAUUGGAUGUCAAGAAAAGUUUUACUCAUAAACAGCGUAACAAUCACUUAUUAUUUAAACGUUCGACCUUCUUUCCACAUCAAGAUAUUUCUUUUACUUUGGAUGAAAGUAAAGAACAGCCUCUAGCAGAGGAAUCUGAGGAUGAUACACCAAACGGAGGAAGCGAUGAUAAUCCCGAAUUAAGACAGAUCAAUUUAUUGCGACAAGUGAAGGCUGAAAAGGAACAGGAUUCUCCGAUAUACAAACACGUUGGAUACAAAUGUACAGUGUGUGAUGAAGAACCUUUAAGGGGUACCAGAUGGCAUUGCUCAGAAUGUCAUAGUGGAAUUGAUUUAUGUGGUGAUUGUGCAGUGGCACAAUUGGAAGAAGAAAAUCCCUUACAUGAUCCAUCCCAUAAAUUAAUUCCUAUAAAACCACCACCAUGUACUAGAAGUUAUGACUUAGAUUAUUUUCCACAAAAUUUUAGCAAUUCUUCUUAUAAUUAUCUCGAUCCAAAUUUUCUACCCGAAUGAUUUAAAUAGAUAUAUUUCUUCCACAUAAAAUAUAUACAAUCAGAGAAGAACCUGAGAGCAGUCAUCGCGUUGUUCUAAGUGUUUUAAUCUAUCAGCGCCUUUAUGUUCACAAAAUGUGCACAUUGAACUACGUAUUCAAAUAUCUCUGAAUCCCGUAGGUAAUGUGCAUGAUUUUUUGGGUUUCUUCUAUACUAUGUCCAUGUUUAUUUGGUUCUGUUUCAUGCUAUACCCGUAAAUUUUACAAUUACAUGCAUUCAUAUUUUAAAUCUGUUUUAUGCAAAUGUACAUAAUCGUGUUCUAUAAAUGUGCAAUACCACAUG